GUGUAAGCGUGUAAUCAGCAUUAGCAAAACAAACAAUUUUAAAAAUAAAAAAAUAAUUUAAUAGUAAUCAUAUCAAAACAACAGAAAAUGGGUAUUCGUCAUUUAGAAACAUUUGUUCGGCAAGAAGUUCCCAACGGAUACUUUAAAAUCAACAUCGAAGAUGAAAUCAGAAAAUACUACACAACUUCCAAAUCCACCAAACCUGCUGCCCCGGUCAUCGUUGUCGAUUUAAUGUCCCUAUACCAACCGGUGUCGAAACGAGAUCUCGCUGGGCUGCUAUGCGGCGGACGAUACAAUCAGGUGGAAUUUUUAUUGAAUCAGUUUUACACCAGGUUAAAAGGUCUUGAUGUGAGUUUGGUGUUUUAUUAUGAUGGACCGGUACAGCAGACCAAAUACGAUACCUGGACCAAGCGCCAGGAUAACAAGUAUCAAGAUAUGAUAAAAAUUACCGAUGCGGUAAAAUCAAUGGAUCUUCGGGAUAUUGUGAUGCGAUUCCAAGCAAGCAUCCCGUCAUGCACCACAUAUCCGGUGAAAAGUUUGGCGAAAAAGUAUGGCUCUCUAAAGACUUCGAUAGAGCGCGAGUGUGACCAAGAAUUGGCCGCCUAUGCGAAUGCGGUCCACGCGAUAGCUGUUAUAUCCAACGACACAGAUUUUAUGAUAUUUGAGGGUACCUGGCGAUAUUGGUCUUCUAAGGAUCUCAAUUUAGAGACGUUGACUACGUACGAGUACAAUCGCGCCGCACUGGUAAAUCAUUUACAGCUAACCUACAAACAGAUGCCCUUGUUUGCCACCCUGGGUGGAAACGAUAUUGUCCAGUACGACGAAGUACGUCGAUUCCACAAUAUGUUGAAUCCAAGACAAAUGCCAAAGUUUUACAAAUUGGCAAACUUUGUAAGGCAAUGUUCGAGAGGGGAGUCCCUUCAGAGCGUCUUGUCGCGGGCAUUCGGAAGGGCAGCCGUAAAUGACGAUUUGAUGUAUCGCUUUCAGAAGAGCUUGGAGUUUUAUGAUACGAACUACCCUGCUUCAAGUUUGAACCCAACAGAUGAUCCCGUCAUAGAAAGAAUUAAAAACUUGGAGGAUACUUUCGUGUAUCAGAUUUAUAUCGGAAAAUCCGUGAACCUUACCGGGUUCUUCUUGGACAUGCGCCCGGCUGAGCUGGGGGCACGAUUUCCACAGAUGGCGCUGCAAAUAGUUUUACGUCAGGCGGGAAUCAUUCAGUAUCACCGUCAGAUGCUACCCGGUUGCUCUACGUGUAGUGUAGUUCUUAAGCUUAAUCAUGAUAUCGGUUAUUCGCUUCAGGAAUACCCGGUUGAAUUUCCACCGAACAUUACACCGCCUCCAAUGUUGGAUUUACUGUCAGCAGACCCGGAUGUUUGCGCUAGCCUGUACGAAACAAAGAUGCGAUUAUUAGUUUGGAUUGUGUCGAGUACACUUGACCAUCAGCAAAUUCAACGAAUUCCGAAAGCUUUCAGGUUGACGGUGGUUACCAUUUAUUAUCUGCUUGAAAACCGUAUGUUCAAAUUGUUUGAAGCCGAUCUCUUAUUACGAGUGGCCUACGAUGUACACUUUAGUACCUAUAAUUUUCAACAGAUACCAUACCCUAAGAAGUUGAACAUUCGAGCUUUUCAUGUAGCCUUUAUCUUCAUCAAAUUUUUUACACAUUUUGUUAGAGUUUUGAGAUUACUACGGUUGGAAGAGGAUGGAAUCGAAGAAAAUCCCCUGUAUGAUGGUUUUUUGUUUCACAAUAUGUACGCAGAUUGGCAACAAGGGCUUAACGAUCUAGAUCAUAUUCAGGAGUGGAGGAUAUACAAAGCCUUAGGGUAAGAACUGCCCUGUUCAAAAAAUCGGCCUGGAAUUUGAUGAAAUAAUGAAAUACGCAAAGAAUUCUAA